AUGUGUCAAGCGGAUGAUGAGAGGAAAGUAGCGCUUGUCUCCGUUGUAGCUGACAGCGUGGACACAAGCUUCCCGGCUUCCGUCGGAAGUGACGCUCGCGGAGACACACCAGAAUUGAGGGCAAGCGGAUUUUCCAUUGAGGAAUAUCUAAACAAUAGAAGAGACGUUAGUAUACCUGGUGUAAUUGCGACAGAAGCUCCUCGUAGCGUAAACUCGGCGUCCGAGACCGGCAGUCAAACUGGAUGGACCGCUAACAAAUUCCCAAGCAGGGAACUGUCAGUCAGCGUGAACAGCCGUGAUGUUGGCGGGAAUGACAGAAGUGAUUUUGAUCGUGAACGUUCUGCCGAAAUAUCAGGGGAGUUGGAUCUCGCUAGUUCUUAUUUAGGUAGCAUGGGUGCCAACGAAAGCGACCGCGAACCAAUGUGUAGGGAGGCAGUGAAACACUGCGCCAGGAUGGUUUCUAAUCAAGUGGAUAAGGAAAAGGACUGCAUUUCAGAUAUUGGCCAGAAUUUGGUCCGCGAGUUGAUCGAGGAAUUUGGCAAAAGGAGAACUAAUUUUUCUGUCUUAGUUCCUAAGGUGCUGAACUUGGUUCGCCUGUUUUUGCAUCGGUCAGAGAUGGGGUGUUGGGACUCACCUUUUCCAGCGCCUCUGCCAACUUGUGCAGCCUUCAGUGAUGGGGAUCAGGCAAAGACCGUGCGUAUGCUAGAGGAAUUUUACCCACUUUUCAAUUCGCAGGGAGGUCUCUUGCUCUGCACGCAAGGCCGUCGUCUAGAAUCCGGUGGAGGAGGCAAGUACUACUUCCAGGAUAAAUGUGGUAGAGUCGUUGGAUGCCACAAGCACGAUUUGGCCGAGUACACAGCGCAGGGCUGUGUCAGCUCUCCAGUCCUCCUGAAGACGCUACUUUUUUGUCUAGUUUUGAAACCACUCCCGCGGGCGGCACAACGAGGGGCCGCGGUGUCAAUCAGUGGAGCUACGGGUGGGAUGUCGCUGAAGUCGGACGCAUACACACAUCCGUGUGAUGAUGAUUUUCCGUCACAGCGAACGACAGUGGGCAACAUCGACGGCACAGAUCGUGAUACGGGCGAAGCGUCCAAGGGCCCCCCAGUUUUUGCGGGUCAGCACUACACGGCAUUGGAGGCACUACCUGCCUGCGUGGAGCCAGGUCCCGAUUCUUCGAGCCAGGACGAUACUAUAUUUCCGUCGAACGGAAGCUCUUCUGUAGGGAUCGAAGAGAGAGAGGCUCAAUUAUGGAAAGCCGUUUUAGACGUGAAAGAACUUGUGGGCCAGACAGAGAGGCUCAUGUCCUGCCUGCACAGUGAGGCCGGACAAUCGGCGGCGAUGUCCAGCUCACCACUGGAAUCGCGAAAUCAAACGCCACUCUCAAGUGAAAGGGAGAAUCCGUCGCUGGAUGCAGAGCGUGACGCCAUGGGUUACAAGGACUCCGGAGAGUUCGAUAGCUUCCUGUCUUCUUGUAACAUCCAGACAAUCAGUAUCCGCACCAGCAACCCGCAACGGCUUGUGCGAGUGUAUCGUUCGCUAGUUCAGGGAGAAAAGACUCACACAGUGGAGCAUUUGCUUCGCGUGUGGUCAGUAACGCUUCAUAUCCAUGACAGUGAAGAGUCAACCAGUUGCAACAGUGGUGGAAUACAGACAGAGCGGUCGAAGGGUUGCUGGGAGAAGGAUGCAGGAGGCGGAGAAGUGUCAGUUGGUGGGUGGUCGGCAGAUGCGAUGAACUCACAACUCCGGAUGAAGAAGGAUCAUGCGAAAAGAUGUCCUUCGAUGCAGAAUGGACGCAGCAGUCGACACCAGUUCGACAACAGCCGGGUUGGCGAGUGGGGUGAAGACGUUGCAGAUACACAUUCACACGUGAACGGGUGCAAGGAGCAAGCAUCAGUCGAAGUAUCGUCGCUGAUAAGAAAAAAAGACAGCGUUGUCACUUGGAGACCAUGUCUGUCCCUUUUGUGGGUCAAGCCCCUACCUCUUGAGCAGUCGAUGAUCAAGUGGAGUCGGAGAUCUAUAAUGACAGAGGUGUCGUCGGGUGACUGCUGUGGGAACAGUGAAAUGGACUACACGUUUCCAAGUGUUGUCUCAGGUGGCCGUCACUACGAUGAAGUACCCAGCACUGUGAAGAAGACAAACGGAAGGGACGAGUUGUUCUCUCACCGUGGCGCCUCAUGCGACUCGACUCGCUCGCCGUCUCAUCCAUCAUCCGUCGACUACACACCAUCUCUGCUUUCUCCUGUUUCGUGUAUUCGAGGAGCAUCUCCUGGAAGAGGUGGCAGAGAUGAUACGUUUCAGCAUCCUCUGGACUUGGCUAGUCUAGGAACUUUCAAUAAUGAAAGACAAAUGUCUGCAUGGUUGGCGAUCAAGGUUGCAACAGCGCGGUUACGAGGUUUGUCAAUAGGAGAAGGGGAAGGAAUAUCACGCGGAAAAGUGCAGUUUAGAAAUGUUUGCAAGGACAACAGUUUUCCUGUGAAGGAAGCAAUGGUUUCGGGACGGGGUGACGAUUGGGAGAGAGGUAGCCGAGGCAGUGCAGGAACAGAUGAGCGCGAAGGGAAUUUGCAUAGUUUGCUAGUUCAAAACUCCAGACGAGCUGGCGGGACGCACCGGUUUGAUGGUGGAUGCGGUAGUGGGGGAAUAAUCAGGGGCUGUACCAAUGGUCAGAGGCAGCCCGCGCGGGUUUCACAUGCAGUUAAACAGCAGGCGUCACCAGAAAUAGACGAGGACGUGGACUGGAUUGAGCCGAGCCCUCGGCAGCUCAGUGUGGGGGGGCCGUGCUGGAUGUCGGAGGCGUACGGGGGUUCACGAGGCGAGCUCGUGGAGCAGCUGGCAAAGCUCCGUGCAUGCCAAAUGAAGGAUGUGAGUGGGCAGUCACCCUCGCUAUUAUCGCAGGUGCAGGACGUUGGUCUCCUUAACAUGAUCCGGACACUGGUGGAAACCGCAAUGUCUGCGAGCGUGAAGGCGCGAACGCUGGCAGAACCAGGCGCGCCAGCGCACCACUGUUUGGCGGACAAUCAGUCAGGUUUGCUCUAUCAUUUGAAACGAAUUGUGUCUGAUGGUUCCUCGGGAGAGAGCCUUUCGCAUGGUGGCUGGAGGUGUGCAUCUUCCGAGCCACCGGUACAAGACGAGAGAGCGCCUUACGGACCAGUAGGGCUUCAGUCGUCCCAACGUUUUUCCAGGGGAACUACGAGGCAUGUCUUCGCGAAACAGCAAACUGAUCCGUCACAGUUGCUAGGGCAGCGCAAACGGCUCAGUGAAAAUAUGACUGGAGACGUCACGGAGUGCGACUUGGUCAGCCGAGCCGACGAAUCCUGGAAGAGACAGAAGAACGGUGGAUCGUAA